AUGUGUGAUAUGAUGGACUUCUACAAAGCUGAGCGAAACCGUGUUUUAUGGCUUCGACAACAGAAUACCGACGAUGACACAGCUACAGCCACAGUAGAAAACAUGGAUUUGGAUGUGAUGAGUGAUGAAAAUGUUGCAGAUGAAACGUGUAUUUUCACCGUUCUAUCGAAAUCUGGGCAUAAACGACGUGCUCAAUCGGAUUUACCUAUUCUUAUUACAAGUGGAAAGCGAGCAAAAGUUGCCUAG